UCUAUUUUUCAACAGUUGGACUGUUUGAGGCAGAAAGGGAGAAAGUAAUGGCGAAGAGCGAAACCGUAAGAAACGCAGAGAGAUUGGUGGAAGUGAUGAUGAAAGGGAACGAUGCAUCCCACGACGCUGCUCACGCUUUUCGAGUCCGGGACCUCGCUCUCUCACUUGCUCACGAAGAAGCCCUCGGCCUCUCUUCUUCACCAAUCUCCCUUGAAAUUGUUGAGCUAGCUGCACUCCUUCAUGAUAUAGGAGACUACAAAUACUUGAAGAAUCCAUCUGAGGAAAAAAUUGUAGAGGAUUUUCUUGUAAAAGAGGGUUUAGAUAUCGAUAAAAGCAGCAAGAUUUUAGAUAUUAUAAAGCAAAUGGGUUUUAAAGAGGAAAUAAAUGGAGCCUCAAAUGGUUCUCAAUCUCAUACACUGGAAUUUGGUGUUGUGCAAGAUGCUGAUCGUCUUGAUGCAAUUGGUGCUAUUGGGAUUGCUAGAUGUUUUACAUUUGGUGGAAGUAGAAACAGAGUGCUUCAUGAUCCAAACAUUCAUCCUCGAUUGGAUUUGUCCAAACACCAAUACAUGAACAAAGAUGAACAAACCACUGUGAAUCACUUUCACGAAAAGCUCCUUAAGCUCAAGGAUUUAAUGAAAACAAAGGCAGGAAAGAGAAGGGCUGAGAAAAGACACAAAUUCAUGGAAGAAUUCCUUACAGAAUUCUAUGAAGAAUGGACAGGAAAAGCUUGAAAUAAAAUAAAACAAACCAUUUUUUUUUUCUUGAAACAAUAUAAAAACCAAAAUCUUUUAUUUAUAUGUAAGUUACAAUAACAUGCAUCCCCAUC